AUGGCGACAGGACGCGAGCGGUCAAGAGUAUUGGAGGGUUUCCGAGCCAUCGGGGUGGUGACGCUUCCUCAGAGGGCUGUGAUCAACAAGUUGGGCACGGAGAACUUUGUGACGACAUGCGUGAAGAGAGGGUUUCAGGUGUUCGAUUGCAACAGACUUCGUCUCCUCUUCGUUUCUUCACCCGCCACCCCGAGGAGCAUCAAGGCUUUGGAGGUCUACAAAGAUCUCACGUUUGCUGCCUGCGGGCCUAUUGUGCAUGUGUUCAAGCGCGGAAAAGAGAUCGCCCAGCUGAAGCGGCAGCAGGGGAACGUCAAGCUGCUCUUGGUCGUGGGGGAGAUUCUCUUCACCUACAGCUCGGACGGGACGAUCGCGAGCUUCGAUGUCAACACGCACGAGGAGAUCUCCUCCUACAGCCUCGUCGAGGACGGUCUUGUCGCCUCCACCACCCAAGCGACCUCUUGGAUCCACCCUCACACGUACCUGAACAAGCUGCUCAUCGGCUUCGAUGACGGCAGUCUGCUGCUGGUGAAUGUGAACAGCAAGAAGCUGGUCCAUCAGUUCAAGAGCUUGGAAUCGACCGUGACGUGCUUGAGCCAGUCGCCCGCAGUGGAUGUGGUUGGUGUCGGGCUAGCGGACGGGAGGAUUCUGCUGAGGAACAUCAAAUUCGACGAGACGCUGAUGGAGUUGGAGCAAGCAGACGGGUCGGUGAACGACCUCUCCUUCCGCACAGACUUCACCUCCAUCCUCUCCUCCUGCAGCCCCUCCGGCGCCAUCCACAUCUGGAACCUCGAGAAGCAGCAGCUCGUCGCCAGCCUGCCUCAGGCGCAUGAUGGUGCCGUACAGACGUGCAGAUUCCUGAGCGGAGAGCCUCUUCUCCUCACUACAGGCGCAGACAACGCGCUGAAAGUGUGGAUCUUUGACCAAGAGGACGGCUCUGCUCGCCUCCUCCGCUGCAGGAACGGACAUUGCGAACCACCUUCGAGAGUGAGGUUCUACAGCCCUCACACCAUCCUCUCCGCCGGCUACGACCGGAGCUUCCGAGUCUUCUGCACCAUCCAAGACCAGCAGAGCCGCGAACUGUCGCAGGGCCACGUGGCCAAGAAGGCAAGGAAGCUGGACAUCAAGGAGGAGAAGCUGAAGCUGCCGCCGGUCGUUGACUUCGCCUUCUCCUCCAUGAGAGAGAACGACUGGGCCAACAUCAUCACCUCCCACCACGACACCAACGCAGCCUACACUUGGAGGUACAAAGCCAACGCUAUCGGCGAGCACGUGCUCAAGCCUCCCCCUAUGGAUAAGAAUGCGCUGGAUGCGGAUGCUCGGGGAGAGCCCUUCCUGCCUCCUGAUCCUCUCGCAGUGAGAGGUCGGGUUCCCGGCCAGAUUGCUGAGGUGGAGGAGAAGCGAAGGAAACGAGGAGGACAAGCAAGUCACGAGACAACCCUGGCCAAGUCAGUCUGCAUUUCCCCUUGUGGAAACUACGGAAUCGUCGGCUACUCUUGCGGUCGCAUCGACAAGUACAACAUGCAGUCCGGCAAGCACAGAGGCACUUUCUGGGCGUAUCCUCCUCUCGGUCACUCCUCCUCCAUCUUCGGUCUUGCCAUGUCAGGUCUGGGAGAUGAGCUUGUAAGCGGAAGUUUCGAUGGGACCGUGAAGGUGUGGGACUUUGACAAAAGGAAGCUACUCCAUACCUUCGACAUCGGAUCUCCAGUAAACCAGCUCUACAUGAACACCGAGAACUCUCUGCUUGCUGUCACUUCGGACGACCUGCAGGAUGACACAGAGGAGGCAGCGGCAGGACCGGCCAUGCUCCCCAUCACUGAGCAGCUUCUUCCUGAGCUUAUAACCUUCUCGACUGUUCCACGUCCUAGGUGGCAGAUUCUUGCCAACCUAGACACCAUCAAGGCUCGUAACAAACCUCUAGAGCCUCCGCAAGCCCCCCAGCAGGCUCCCUUCUUCCUUCCGACGCUUCCCGGGCUGGAGCCGAAGUUCGUUCCCAACGAGGAAGAGCGAGAGGAGGAGGAGAGCAAGAACUCGAAGAUCAUUCACCUCUCCGAGCUGCGACCCAGCACCAAGUUCAUCAAGCUCCUAAGGCAAGCGCUGCAUCUAGCUCCUGCUCCUCCUCCUCCCGCCCUGCUCUUCACCUUCCCUCCUCCUGCAUUGCUACUCCUCAUCUUCCUCUACCUCCUCCGCUUCCUCCUCCUGCUCUUCGACUUCAUCCUCCUCCUCUUCCUCCGCUUUCCUGACUCCUGGUCGUUGAUAGGAAGUGCCGUAUCGCCCAGCACGCCUCCUUCUCGGACUGUGUGCGGCACCUCUCGGAGCUCUCGCCUGCUCAGGUCUCUAAGCCCCUCGCUGGAUGAAGAUGGCGAGCUUGCGCUCUUUCUCGACAUGCUCAUCGGGCUCGAGAGGCUGCGAGACCUCGAGCGGCGAAUGUGGCUGAAGCUCAAGGUUGAGUCCUUCCCUCUUGUCCCGUCCUGCUCGUCCUCGCCCAUUGCUACUCAUCUUCUUGCAGGACAAACUGCAGAAAGUUCUCUGCCUCGUCGGCGCCUUCGCGCACAUGCAGUGAACUCUUGUACUUGAAUGUAAAUAUAUUUCUCUCCC